CUUACCUACCGUGGCAUCGUGGGCUAGUUUUCUAUGAACUCUAGUGAUGCAAUGCAGGCGUCGAAAGCCGCCGCUGCCCACCUCGCUUGCACUUGCAGAGGAGCCUCCAAUUAUUUUUCUUUUAGUAGAAAGGAACGUGAUUCCCACCGGGCGCGCACUCUCCUCUUCCUUGCGCUGUGAGAUCUUCUCCACUGCACCUGCACGCACGAUCCAGUUCCGAUUCCAGUUCCGAUGGGCUCAUCUUCAGCCUUCUUGUUCUUGUAUACAUAUGGUUGAUCCAUCGAUCGAUCGAUGUAUGUCGUGCCAAACGGAGCACGUACAGAUGACGGUGCCAUGAGGCAGCAUCUGCUGGGCGUGGGCGUGGGCGUGGACGUGGACGGCCUCGCCGGCGCCGGGCCCAAGAUACGGGUGCGCGGGCUGACGCUGCGGCCGCCGGGGCCGAACGGCGAGCCGACCGUGGCCGGGUCGGACCUGGACGUGCCGCGCGGGGUGGUGAUGGGCGUCAUCGGCCCCAGCGGCAGCGGCAAGUCCACGCUGCUCCGCGCGCUCAACCGGCUCUGGGAGCCCGCCCCCGGCGCCGUCGCCCUCGACGGCGCCGACAUCCGCGGCCUCGACGUCCUCGCGCUCCGCCGCAGGGUCGGCAUGCUCUUCCAGCUCCCCGCCAUGUUCCACGGAACGGUGGCGGACAACGUGAGGUACGGGCCGCGGCUGCGCGGCGAGACGCUGAGCGACGCGCAGGUGAAGGAGCUGCUGAGCAUGUCGGACCUGGACCACGGCCUGGCGUCCAGGCCGGCGUCGGAGCUGUCGGUCGGGCAGGCGCAGCGCGUGGCCCUGGCGCGCACCCUGGCCAACGGCCCGGAGGUGCUGCUGCUGGACGAGCCGACGAGCGCGCUGGACCCGAUAUCGACGCAGAACAUCGAGGAGGCCAUCGUGCGGCUCAAGAAGGAGAGGGGGCUCACCACGGUCAUCGUCUCGCACAGCGUCAGGCAGAUCCAGCGGAUCGCCGACCUGGUGUGCCUCGUCGUCGACGGCGUGGUCGUGGAGGUGCUCCCGCCGUCCGACCUGUCCCAGGCCAAGCAUCCCAUGGCGCGCCGCUUCCUGGAGCUCAGCUGAAUGCUUGCUUGCUUGUUUGACUUUGGUCGCUGCAAUCUUGCUUAAUUCGGGGGGAAAAAGGUACAUUGUUCAGUGUUUCGACCUUGCUUAAUUCGGAAAUGUCGCUGCAAUCUCGCUACCACGACCAACCCAUAAAUGUGGUGUUUUUUUUUUUAUUAAGAGAUGACAUUUUAUUAUUAUUAUUUAGAGGAUGGCAUAUUUUUUACUUUUAA